AUGACCUUAGCGAUCCACGCGCUGUGCUGGGCGGGCGCCUGGGCUGCCCAGUCGGCCCCCUUCACCGCCUCUGUGCAGGUGGUGGCGGACGAGGAUGCACGGGGCUCCGUGGUGGUGCUGACCGUGGCCAAUGCCGCAGAUGGCCCGGCAGUGGCAGGCUGGCGCCUGUGCUUCACCUGGUUAAAGGCGACGGUGCUGGUGCAUCCCAGCGCUGUCUCCCGCAGCGGCAGCUAUGUGUGCCUGCCCGAGGAGCCUUUGCUGGCGCCCGGGGCAACGCGGGCCUUGGCACUGCAGCUGGGUGCUCCGGCCAUGCGCCACGCCUCAGACCUACCGAAGGGUCUGCACCUGGUGGUGGGGGAUUCUGUGCACGAUGUGGCCCUGGCAGCACCUGCUGAGGGCCAGGUGCGCUUCACCGGCGCCCCAGGCCUGGCCUUCGCAGGGAUUCCGCAGCCCCGGGAGGUGGCGCUGGCCACAGGCGACGGCUUCGCGCUGCAGGGUCUCCACGCGCCGCUGGAGGUGGAGGUGGCCUCGCCUCUGGCGCGAGAUGCUGCGGAGCUGCUGGGAGAGUGGCUGCAGCGGUGGCCCCCCGGCGCCCCGCUGGCCACAUCCGCCGGGAGCGGCUCGGCGCGGCGACUGCUGCGGCUGGCGGAGGUGGCUGGGAUCGAGGAGGAAGGCUACGAGCUGUACAUCCAGGCGGAGGUGCGGGAGGUGGUGAGUUAUGCGAAGCGCCUUGGUAUCACCGUGGUGCCAGAGGUGGACGUGCCUGGGCACUGCUACGCAGCCAUUCGGGCGUUGCCCGAGCUGCUGGGAAACACGCUCCGGAAAUCGCGGGCCAGGAGUGUCCAGGGCUUUGAGAGGAACGUGCUGAACCCUGCAGUGGAGGCCACCUACGUCUUCUUGGAGACGGUCUUCUCCGAAGUGCUGGAACUCUUCGAGGGCCCCAUCCACGUGGGCAUGGACGAGGUACCGCGGGGCGCUUGGAGCGCAGACCCGGUGGAGGAGGAGCGGCUGCUGGCACAGCUCGCUUCUUGGCUGCAGCAGUUCUUGCAGAAUCGCUCCGUGCUCGCGUGGCAGGAGGCCUUCAGUGGGCAGAGCGGCAUCGCGCCGGACGCGGCGCAGCGCCCGGCGGCUUUGGCCUGGAAGGAGGACGAGCGCUUCGCGGUGCACGCGGCCAACGGGGGGCUGGACGUGGUGCUCUGCCCAGCGCACUUUCUCUACCUGGACAUCGUCCAAAGCCUGGACUUUGAUGAGCGUGGCCUCUACUGGGCGGCUCCGGUGUUGCCACUGCACCGGGUCUACGGCUAUGAGCCCUUGGAGCGGCUGCGGCGCCUGGGCCUGGCGAAGGAGGCGGAGCAGCGAGUGCUGGGGGUUCAGGCAAACCUGUGGACAGAGACGGUAGACUCAGAGGAGCGCGCGCAGGAGAUGCUCUUCCCACGUCUUCUCGCAGUGGCCGAGCUGGCCUGGAGUGCGCCGCAGGCCAAAGUUUGGGAGAACUUCAAGUGGAAGUUGGCGCCUUCCCUGCUGUGGCUCUCACAGGAUGCCAACCUGAGCCGCUGGGGGAAGAGCUGCGGCGUAGUUGCCGGCGAUGACUUCAUGCGCGCUGCCUGUGGGUGA